AUAGACAGGAGCUGCCCUCGCAAAGUUGACCAGAGUCCAGCAUCUAUCCUGCACACGGAAAGUUGUUCACCUGAGGAGAGAGGAUGGACGCUGCUUACAAGAGGGUCAAUGGAAACUAUGGAGCGGAGGCAGAGACAGGGGACCAAGGACCGAGGAAGAGAAGAGGGUCGUACCUGGAGGAGGAGACGGACAAUAAGUCAGAAGUGAUCUCCUGCAUCUUCUCCCUGAAAGAGGAGGUCGGAGCUUUAGCCAAGUGUCUGAGGCUCUUUGAGGAGAAGGGCAUCAAUCUCACCCACAUCGAGUCCCGUCCCUCACGUAUGAACAAAGACGAGUACGAGUUCUUCAUCAGUGUGGACUCCUCUUGCUCUCAGGCCCUGGACGCUGUCAUCGACAGCCUGCGCACACAAAUCAGCGGCCAUGUGCACGAGCUAUCACGUAACAAAGAGAAGGACACAGUGCCAUGGUUCCCUAAUGACAUCCAGGACUUGGACCGUUUUGCCAACCAGAUCCUCAGCUACGGCUCUGAGCUGGAUGCUGAUCACCCGGGCUUCACAGAUCCAGUGUACAGAGCCCGCAGGAAGGAGUUUGCUGACAUCGCCUACAACUACAGACACGGCCAGAUCAUCCCUCGAGUGGAGUACACAGAGGCGGAGCGAGCCACAUGGGGCAAAGUGUUCAAGGAGCUCAAGACCCUGUACCCGACUCACGCCUGCCGUGAACACAACCGUGUUUUUCCUCUGCUGGAGAAAUACUGCGGCUACAGGCAGGACAACAUCCCCCAGCUGGAGGACGUCUCCCGCUUCCUGCAGUCAUGCACAGGUUUCCGGCUGCGCCCCGUAGCAGGUCUGCUCUCAUCCCGGGACUUCCUGGCUGGUCUUGCCUUCCGUGUUUUCCAUUCCACGCAGUACAUUCGUCAUGGCUCCAAGCCCACGUACACCCCUGAGCCCGAUAUCUGCCAUGAGCUCCUAGGUCAUGUUCCCCUGUUUGCUGACCCCAGCUUUGCCCAGUUCUCACAGGAAAUCGGUCUCGCCUCCUUGGGUGCUCCUGAUGAGUACAUUGAGAAACUCGCUACCGUGUACUGGUUCACUGUGGAGUUCGGCCUGUGUAAGCAGGGCUCAGAGGUCAAAGCUUACGGAGCCGGCCUGCUUUCAUCGUUUGGAGAGCUGCAGUACUGCUUGACAGAGGAGCCAAAAGUCUACCCCUUUGACCCCGACAAGACCAGCCUCCAGAAAUACCCAAUCACAGAGUACCAGCCCGUGUACUUUGUGGCUGAGAGCUUUGAGGACGCCAAGGAGAAAGUGAGGAAAUUUGCAGGUACCAUCCCCAGGCCUUUCACAGUGCGCUACAAUCCAUACACCCAGAGUGUUGAAGUGUUGGACAACACCAAGCAGCUCAGCAACCUGGCUGACAGCAUCAGUAGUGAAAUGGGGAAACUCUGUGAAGCCUUAAAGAAGCUGGAGUAACUUCAGCAAAGAAUUUCUUCUCAGUUCUGCUCAGCAUGCCUCUGAAUGGUCUUUCUUUGUAUUAAAACAAUUAUGCAAGUCAGAUAUUGACAAUAUUACUCUAACCAGUAUUUUAGUUUAGGUAAUACUUACGUAGGAUGAUAAGGAAUGUGUCUGUAGCAGCUGAAAUAUUAUGACUAUCACAAUAUAAAUGUUAUGAAUGUUAGAGAUGUGUUUUUGAACAUGAGAAUGUUUUGACAAUCAUUGAAGUGAAUUUAAAACCAAUAUGUGAAUAUCAAAUUUAGCUCUUUUUAUGUUGUAGAGCAGCUUAGAUAGCCAGUAUUUUGUAGAUCAAUUCAAACCUAAAGACAUAUCAAGAGGUAAUUUUUGUGACUAACUUUCAUACUGCUUAAUGAAAUGUUUUGUAUAUGCAUGUAAUGUUGUAAUAAAAAAAUAAAUAUUACUUUUGUC